AUGCGAGCCAAAGCCAAGCUCUUCUCGCUCCAUUCUAGUCCCCAGUUGGAGGCUACUUUCAGAUUCAUUGAUCAGCAAGAACCAUGUAAAUAUCCCCUAGCAGCUGAGAGAUGUCCAGAAGGAAAAGCGUACGCUCCUUAUAAUGAUAUCCAUGAGGUGUUCGAGGAGUAUCUGACGGAAAACAAAAGUGAUUCAAUGCCUCUGUUACGCGCAUCGGAAGAAUCCAAGGGGUUUACGAAGCUGCAUUCGCCGCCGAACGUCUUGCAUCCAAGGCUGUUGCGCUUGAAUUUGGCAAUGUGCGAGGCUAACGCCAUGGAUCACACAAGCGAUCUGUUGACCAAUCGCGGCGACCUGACGGACUUAGCUCUGUCAUUUUUCCCACAUUUUGCCAACGGGUUUGAAAAGAUUCACCAUAUUGCAUACGUGAAGCACGGAAGACUGUUUUUGUGGCACGAUCGCCACAAGGACGAGACUUUCAAUUCGCUACGUGCGAGAAACAACUGGUAUAGCGGUUACAAGUUUGAAGCGGUAUGCACACACCAGUGGCCGGCAGACCGCACCGCAUGGCUUCCGUUGCCGGAGAUGAAUGGCCGGGAGGCCAUCCCAGCGCUAAGUCUGGUCAAGCUGCCGCUACCUUUGGGCGUGCAAGCGAUAAUUCUAGCGGAAUACGAUGCUACCAAACUUUCACAGAAGGGUAAACAACACAAGUUCCCCUUUGUGGAGCUCAAGUGCUUCCAGCCACACAUCCCGAGAAUCAACGACAUCGCAUGGCAAAAACUGCCGCCCGACGAGGCACUGCGGUCACUGGUGAACAAGAAAUCGUUUAUGAAGUUUUACAAGACCUGCUUGCAAUGCAAGCUGGCCGGGUGUGAGGAGGUUGUGUAUGGUGUGCGGGACUCUCGCGUAAGCCUGGUGGGGGUCCGGCGGUUCCGCGUGGACGAGAUCGAAAGACGAUUGUGCGAGCUGGACCCGGCCAUGUACCACCGCUACUACUUGAAAGCCCUGAGGAAUGUUGCAGAGUUUGUACGCCUGCUGUGUGCAGAGUGCCGCGAGGGCGAUUUUUACCUGGUGAGCAAGAAGAGUGUGCGUGCGCCGCUGAGCGUGCAAAGGAUAGCGGAAAGCGAGGUGUUGUUCCCCAUUCCCUUCACGCCGGCGUUUGAGGCAAUGCUGCUGGAGGGCGAGAAGGAGCGGCGAGACCGUGUGGGUGAAAGCUUUGGUCACGGUAGCGAGCGAGACUUUUUCGAGUUUGUGGCCCCACCGCCAGCACGGAACGCAAAGAAGACAGGCCGCGUGCCAGAUACGCAUCUGCCAGCAGAAUCUGAGACGCCUGCAACCCUGAGCCAGGAGCUCCUGGACGCGAUGGCCAAAGCCAGUAUCAGCUAG